AUGCCGAUUUGUUCAGCAAGUAGUACAACAGAUAAUACAUUGACACUUAGUGAACGUAAUAAAAGGGCAGAUCGUAGAGAAUUUAGUCAGUUCACAUCAGAAUUAUUAACUACAAGUACUCCGAAAAAUGUAAAAGUAAUUCAAAACAACGCGGAUUUAAGUUUAGAACCCAAUGACUGUAGUUUACAAUCAGAAUUUUCUGAAGAACGAGUCAAUCAAAAUGAUAUAGGUGUACAGUGUGAUAUAGGACUAGAAACUUAUCAAAAAGUAGAAAAGAACGAUAAUUUGUCAUUUGAUAUACCGUCCGAAUCCGAAGAUGAAAGUUCUAAUUCUGAGAUUGACUCUGAUGAUGAUAGCCAAUAUGAAUAUAAUCGACAUUACAAAAAUAAUUUAUCUACGCAAAAUGAUUUUGAUGAUAAUCGUUGUUUCAUUGUAUUUUGGGAAAAUUUAUCCCAACUUUUCAAAUAUUGUCGUCAAUGUGGUAGUAGGGUUUGUUCUCGACAACAUUUUACACAAGGUGCACUGGUCUCAAUUAUAACUAUAUGUGAACAGGGCCAUAAAUUGCAAUGGUGUUCACAGCCAAAAACAGGUAAGAGACCAGAAGGAAACAUUUUGAUUACUGCGGCUUUAGUAUUAUCUGGUAUUCUAUUUUCUCAAUUUAAAGUAUUUUGUUCCGCAUUGAAACUUUCAAUUUUUACUCGUCCAGUUUAUGACAAAAUUAUAAAUAAAUACUUGUUUCCUGUAAUAUGCCGCCAAUGGAAAGAACACAGAGAAAAAAACAUCGACGCUAUAAAGCUAUCAUCAAUUUGGCUAGCUGGGGAUGGCCAAUAUGACUCGCCGGGUUUUUGUGCUAAGUACUGUACUUAUUCAGUUAUGGAUAUCAACACGGGAAAAAUCAUAGAUUUUAAGUUAGUUCAAAAGGGUCAAUUUAAAGGUGAUUUAGAAAGGCAAGCCUGUGAACAAUUACUAAUGGAUUUAACUAAUAGAAGUAAUUGUAAAAUCGAGUUGUUUUUAACAGAUAGACAUAAAGGUAUACGUGCAUUUAUCCGUACACAGCAUCCAGAUAUUAAACAUGAAUUCGAUAUUUGGCAUUUAAGUAAGAGUUUAAUGAAAAGAUUAAAACCACUCGAAAAGAAAUAUCCUGAUGCUUUUUUAUGGAAAUCGUCAAUUAACAAUCAUCUUUGGUGGUCAGCACAGACAUGUGAAGGAGAUGAAGAAAAACUUAUUGAUACAUUUACAUCUAUAUUAAAACACAUAUCAAAUGAGCAUGAGUGGGAAGAUAAUGGUGAAAAAAAGAGAUGCGAGCAUGAAAAAUUAAAUGAAAAUGAAAUACGAAAUAAACUGUGGAUAGACCCAGAAAGCGAAUCAUAUUACGCUUUGAAAAAAAUUAAAAUGGCAAAAGACUUUUUAUAG